CACACACACACACACAGCUUUGAACAGCAAGAAAAGACGCUGCGACAAUGUGGCCGCGAUCAGCUCCGGGAUCCGGACCGUCUCUGCUCACCUGCCUCCUGUGCCUCCCUCUGGCUCGUGCCGCCCCGGACCAGGGACUUCUUGAACUCCCUCCUACAGUGAACCUCUCCAUACGUUCUCAUAACCUUAAGACUAUACUAACAUGGGAUGUAAAUGGAACAUUUGGACCAACAAAUUUUAAUGUUGAAUGGCGCCAAUACCGACAUGCGGAAUGGAAGCCUGUAGAAACAUGUUCAAAUAUUUCAGUUCAUCAUUGUGACCUUACUGAAGUAUUCAGCCCUAAUGGAAAGAAUAUGUAUUAUGCUCGAGUUAUGGCAUUUUCACAUUUCAAAGACUAUCCUUUUGCACACACAGCUAAAUUUUCCUUCAAAGAGAAUGCUACAUUUGAUGCUCCCAAUGUAACUAUUCAAUUUGAUGGAAAGAACUUGAUUGUGGAAAUUAACCAUCCGGUUGCUCAUAUAACAUCAAAAACUAUGAGAAACGUUUUACUUCCUUUGAACUAUACUAUUUACUCCUCACAAAAUGGAAUUAAAAGUCAGAAAGCUAAAGUUGCUUGUUCAAAGUUUCCAUGUGAAGUGCCAUUAAAUGUCACAAGGAACUUGGUUCAACAAGAAAAUUGCUGUGUGUCUGUUCAAGCAUAUUUCAUCAAAGCCCAGCUGAGGGGAGAAAGGUCACAACAAAAAUGUUUACUGGUUCAAUUUACUGAACCGAAAGAUUCCAGGAUGGUGUUCCCAGAUACCAGCAGAAAAGGGGAGGUGGAGUCAAUAGAUCAACCAAAGGUUAACACUUCCCAGAGUCAAGAGUUCGAGAACUAUUUGGAGGAGUAUUCUGAUGAAUAUUAUCACAAUUAUUAUGAUCAGGACAUUGGGUAUCAAUAUGACUACAGGACCGAUAAUGAGGAUGAUGAUGAUGAGGAGGAGGAGGAGGAGGGCAAUGAGCUAAAGGAGACCCGAGAAGAGUUGAUUUCUGCGGUGCCUCCCAAAUCUCAUCAGGGCAAUGUAAAUAUUUCCAGAGGGCAUUUCGUUAUCAUCGUAUUGUCAGUUUGUACAAUUUUCUUGAUUGUGCUGGUGGUUUCAAUAGUAUGUGGUAUUAAGAAAUUUUCUAAAAAGGACCUGGUGUUGCCAAAGUCUUUGGCUCACCUCGUAAUGGGUGGACGACCUUAUACCUCUGUUGGCAUGGGGAGUAGGGAGAGCAGUGUAUCUGUGGUGAUCAAGAUCGAGGAGGCCGUCAACAAGAUGACUAACCUUUGUGAGGGUGACCUGAGUGAUGAAGCACAAACAGAAAAGGAAAGUUGUCAAGACAUUGCUAACUUUGGCGAGACUAAUCUGAGUAACUGUGCCUUGGACAACAUGUGUGUGAACAACAUCAAUACUCGUGGCACAGAUCAAGAGGGUGCUGAUCAGGACAGUACUGAAGUAGGCAACGUUGAACCAAACAAGACUGAUGUCGAUUCCAUUAAUCCAGAUGAAACUGUUACACAAACUACCAAAUCAGACAAUAUUAGCCCAGUCUCUACUGCAGACAACUGGGGAUAUGAUAAACCUCAUGUUCCAUUGGACAUGUUUACCAAUUGCACUGAUGAACAGAAUGGCUACAGGAAGGCCAGCUCUGCGGUUGAGGUAGACUAACUAGCAUUGGUAUGCUCUUGCUUAAAAGGCAGAUGUAAUGAUUAGCACUUUAAAGGGUUAAAUCUGGAACUUUAUGAAGUUGUCGGAACCUGUAGGACAUGGAAUUCCCAAAAGGGCUGCGGUGGCUGAUACUGGUGAGCGAAGAGAAGGAUGUCACCAGUACUUUUAAACUUGAAUAUCAAAGGCUUCACUUUUAAGACCAUUUUAAGAGUGACUAUCUUCUGGUAUUGCCUGGGAUCACCAGUUUAUGUGUGGAGGGAAGAGUGAACACUAACUUUGGUAUGACUAACUUUGACCACGUUUACAACAGCAACUUGCAUUUAUAUAGCGUCUUUCAGGUAGCAUCCGUAGCGCUACCCCGUUUAGAAACAAGUGGAACUACUACACUGUAAUACUUUAGAUAGAAUCGCAACUUGGCACAUGCCUCAAACAUGACCUAUUGUUACAAAUUGGCUUUUGUAUUACAUGAAUACAAGAUAAAAUGUGAAA